AUGAAGAAGGACCUCCUGAAGAAAUACAACAUCUCCGACGACGAGUUCAAAUUCAUCGAGGAGACCAUCAUGGAGGCCUUCCCCCACCACGCUGGGCCCCAGUGGAAGUUCGCCGGCGCCUUCUACUUCGCCACGGUCGUCAUGGCCAUGAUCGGCUACGGGCAUUCGACACCGGCGACGGUCGCCGGGAAGGCAUUUUGCAUGCUCUACGCCAUCGUGGGGAUCCCGCUGGGGCUGGUCAUGUUCCAGAGCAUCGGCGAGCGGCUUAAUAAGGUCGCGUCCAUUCUCAUCAAGAAGCUGAAGACGGUUCUCAGGUUCAACAACACGGACGCGACGGAGGUGAACCUGCUGCUGGCGACCGGGGUCCUGUCCUCGCUCAUCAUCACGGUCGGCGCCGCGAUGUUCUCCCAGUACGAGCAGUGGAACUAUUUCGACUCCCUGUACUACUGCUACAUCACGCUGACCACGAUCGGGUUCGGGGACUUUGUCGCGUUGCAGUCCGGGAAGGCCCUGCAAGAGAAGCCGGGGUACGUGGCGAUGAGCCUGGUCUUCAUCCUGUUCGGCCUGGCCGUGGUGGCAGCCAGCAUGAACCUCCUCGUCCUGCGCUUCAUGAUGCUCAACAUGGAAGACACGAAGCGGGACGAGGAGAUGUUCCCCGCCUCGCAGCACGUCGUCACCCUCGAGGAGGAGCUGGGCAUGAAGCGCCUCUCGUACUCCACGGCGCUCGGAAGCAUCUACGACGACCAGCCGUCCGUCUGCUCUUGCACGUGCUACGGGAGGCACUCGCACAAGGACGCGUUCCAGUUGGACGAGAGGAAGGCGGUCUACCAGUCGACGGUGUCUGUGAGCACCACGGACGUUCUCGACGAUCAUUCGUUCUUUCCUUCCAAGGACACGGACAUUUAUGCGACCUUUGAUGAUCCGUAUGCGUAUUACGCCAUCAAAAGAGCAUCCAUUUGAGUAAACCGGGAAUUCCGGUUAAGAUUUUAUUUCUUGGAGAAUAGAUCCG